AUGGAGUAUUGCGACCAAUACAAUGGGGUUGCUGGAAGUAUCCCUGAAUUUGGUGCAAUCGUCAUGUCCAAUCUAUUGAUGAAGAAAGAGUGCUUCAAACGUAAAUUAUUUUCCCUUCCACAUGCCAAGGCUGAAUUUGUCAAACAUGUGAAAGCUGGAAUGGUUUUGUUCCUGUUUGACUCCGUAAACAGACAACUCUUUGGAGUUUUUCGAGCCUCCUCUGAUGGUGCGAUGGAUAUUGUUCCUCAUGCGUUUAAGUAUUCAGGGAAGCAUUUCCCUGCACAGGUAUGGCAGGUUCCAGCAUUGAUGUUUUUCUUGUGUUAUAAUAGUAAGGGUUCUUUCUUCGAGGUUGGAAAUUUAUCUCUACGUUGA